CCGCCGCAACCGCGCUCCACUCAACCACGCGUACGCGCACCCGAGAAAACAACACAAAUAAUAUUUUUAAGUUUACUGAAAACAUUCAAAAAAUUAACCAUGAAUAACCCGGCUUUGUACGAACAAGCUAACAGCAUGCCGAAGAGGGAUGUACUCAACAUUUUAGACGACAUCUCCCCUAAACUAAAGUGGAAGAAGAAUAUCAGCAACAUUCUGGACAUUGGAUCUGGAGAUGGAGGUGUCACCAGCAUGCUGAAGAAGUACAUUCCUACUAACUUCAAGCUGCUCGGCUGUGACAUCAGUGAGAAGAUGGUGAAUUUCGCCAAUGACCACCAUUGCAAUGAACAGACCUCGUUCACAGUGCUGGACAUCGCAGGAAAUAUUCCCGAAGACAUGAAGGGAAAAUUCGACCAUGUUUUUUCUUUCUACGCCUUGCACUGGGUCUUUGAUCAAGAGCGCGUAUUCAGAAAUAUUUACGAUUUGCUGAGUAAAGAUGGAGAAUGCUUCACGAUAUUCAUCGCAAACGCACCCGUGUUCGACUUGUAUCGCAUCCAAUCGCGUAACAACAAAUGGAGCACUCUGCUCAAAGACGCCGAGAAAUAUAUAUCGCCAUACCAAGACUCACAGGAUCCAGCGCAAGAAAUGAGAAAAAUAUUGGAAAAAGUUGGAUACGUGGACUACAAGGUGGAAUGCAAAAAUUUGUCGUAUACGUACAACAACUUCGGCAGUUUCUGGAAAAUCCUUCAAGCAGUCACCCCAUUCAACAUUCCGAAGGAUAUGGAAGAAGAUUUUAAGCAAGAUUACUUCAAUAUUUUAAAAGAUUUGAAUAUUGUGCCCAAGUAUAAUACCGAUGAGGAAAGUUUUAACUAUAAAUAUCGGUUGCUAGUCGUACACGCUCGCAAGCCGGCCUCGGAAUAUUAGGGAAAAACAAAUCAACAGUGGUUUAUACAGAGGUUAUUUUGUUAAUAGAUUUGUCUUAGAUUUUAAUUUGUUGAGUAUAUUUAUAAUGUUAAGUUUUAAGAUGUAAGGGGUUAAGGCAAUAUUCGAUAUCAGUUUGAUAUUGCUUCUUGUUACUGUUCAGGGAAGGAACUGAUCAUGAUCACAUGCUUACAACAUUUUUAAUGUAGUUUUAGUCCUUUUGACAUUAAUGUAAUUAUAGUAAUUCGACAUCACACCUCAAUUGAGCUUUUGCAAGUACGAUUGAUGAGCAAGAGGUAAAAAUAUUAUUAGGGUUUUUUCGUAUUUUCGAAAAUUCUUAGUGUCGCAAAGAGUAUUACCUCCGUUGUGUUUGUAAUGUUUCUGCAAUGAUGGGUCAUAUAAAAGUCAAACCAAAUAAUCCGCCCUACUAUAAUAAUUUCUAAUUCGUUGUACUUGUGUUUGGUGAAUCAAAAAAUAGAAUUAUGUUUGUGAAUAAUGAAAAUGCCUCAUGAAUCUUUACUUUGACAUAUUGAAGAUUGUAUAAAUCUAUUUAAUAUGCAAGACCUACUAUAUUUGCGAUGUUUUUGUAUCCUUGAUUAAAUGUUAACUACUAUUGUAAAAUUGUUUUGUAAACUGCAGUUUGAUUUUAAUG